AUGGUAUUUGUGUUGAAAAUUUGGAGGCACUAUCUUUAUGGUUCAAGAUUCGAAGUGUUUAGCAACCAUAAGAGUUUAAAGUAUUUGUUUAACCAAAAGGAGUUGAAUAUGAGGCAGAGAAGAUGGUUGGAAUUUCUGAAGGACUACGAUUUUGGCUUAAAUCAUCAUUCAGGUAAAGCUAAUGUUGUGGUUGAUGCUUUGAAUCAAAAGUCUCUACAUAUGUCGGCGUUGAUGAUUAGAGAGUUGGAUCUCAUUGAGCAGUUUAGAUAUUUGAGUAUGGUUUGUGAAUUGAUAACUGGAAGUGUGAUGCUAGAUAUGUUGAAGGUGAAUAGUGUGUUCCUUAAUGAAAUUAGGGAGAACCAAAAGCUAGAUGUGAAACUGGUGGAUUUAUUGUCUUCAAUGAACCCAAACGAAGAAAGUGACUUUAAAAUGGAUGCGCAUGGAGUGCUGAGGUUUCGAGGUAGAGUAUGUGUGCUUAACAAUUCUGAGCUGAAGAGGAUGAUUUUAUCAAAAGACAUAGAAGCAGUAUGA